CUCUCAUCUCUAACCAUUUGAUACCACGUCGUUUUUUGACGACUAGUUUUUGUUUUGUGCGUUGGAAAACCAAAAUUUGUUAAAUAAUCGUAGCCAUUAGGAGAAUCCUGCAUGUUCGCAGGACCGCAGCAGCAUGGUGUACAUCGACCGCAAUGGUCGCGUAUGCGAGAAGCGUCCUUGGGACUGGCCGCGAAUAGUGGAAAUAUUUUUGAAAAUCUGGUACAUCAUCAAGCAAUUGUUCCUGACGUUCCUGGCCCCCUUCGACGUCAAGAGCAACAAUGAUAAUCGUCGUGGUGGAGGAAGCGGUUGGGGAGGCGGUGGAGGAGGCGGCGGCGGCGGAGGAGGAGGAGGUGGCAGUGGUGGGGGCAACGAAGGAUUAAGGCCGAACCGACGAAUUGGCCGCAUUCAGAACACCAUGUCCUGCAACACCCCUAGUGGUGGUGGCGGAUGAGGAUAGUAGCGACAUCCAGUUCCAACUAAUGAACGGAUGUCGCGCAUAUCCCAGGAUGAGUCAGAUUAAGCAGCACCCAUAACAUGACUCCCACAUCAGAUUCAUAUCUUGCCCAGCGUGGCACUAAUGACGCAGCAUUCUAAAACUCGAAUUUGAGCGGAUUGCUGCGGAUGCGAUUGAACUACUGAUAUGGGGGUCGCUGUAAAGUUUGACCAUCAUAUAUGACCCACAAAUUAACUUAGCUCUAUUUUAGCCAUACGAUUUUCGAAACAAUUUUUUUGGUUCUGGCUUUACCAAAUUUACUCAAACUAAUGUUAAAACUUUGCAAUAAACGCGAAUUAAAGAUUC